CUCCUUCCUAUAUUAGAGAGGGACUCCCCUCGCAGCGGCAUCAACAGCAAACAAGAAGCUGUCCCUUUCGCUCUCCUCUCUUGUUCCGUUACCACUCACCCUCCCGCUCCUCUCCUCUCCUUUUAAUCCUCCUUAAGCCAGCCUUGAGAGAGAGAGAGAGGGGGGGAACGAGAAUGGCUCGCGAGAUGAAUGGCUUCUUCAGCCACCCUCCGCCUCCUGCUCCGGCUCCGGCGCCGUACCAGGAGGAGCAGGAGGAGGCGGUCGCGGACGUGGACGAGGCGGAGGACGGCAGCGGCGGGCAGGGGAAGCUCUGCUCCAGGGGCCACUGGAGGCCCGCCGAGGACGCCAGGCUCAAGGAACUCGUCGGCCAGUACGGCCCCCAGAACUGGAACCUCAUCGCCGAGAAGCUCGACGGCAGAUCAGGGAAGAGCUGCCGCCUGCGGUGGUUCAACCAGCUGGACCCGCGGAUCAACCGCCGGGCCUUCACGGAGGAGGAGGAGGACCGGCUCAUGGCGGCGCACCGCGCCUACGGCAACAAGUGGGCCCUCAUCGCCCGCCUCUUCCCCGGACGCACCGACAACGCCGUCAAGAACCACUGGCACGUCCUCAUGGCCCGCAGGCAGCGGGAGCAGUCCGGCGCCUUCCGCCGCCGCAGCAAGCCCGCAUCUUCCUCCUCCUCCUCCAUCGCCCCGGCGCCGCACUACCCGGCCGUCGUCCUCCAGCACCAGCACCAGCACCAGUACCAGCUCCACGGCCACGGGGCAUCUCCCAUGCCGCUCCAGCCCUUCGCCAUGGGGGUGGCGAUAGCAAGCGGGGUGUACAGCAAGCCAGCCACGGCCAGCCGCGCCUACAGUGGCGGCGAGUCCGACGAGUCGGCGUCCACCUGCACCACCGACCUCUCCCUUAGCUCCGGCAGCGCCGCCGUCCCCUGCUUCUACCACCACCACCACCACCAGGGCUACGACAUGUCUCCGCAAGCGCACGCGGUGGCCCAGGCGUUCGCGGCGAGCCCUCGCUCCGCCUUCUCCGCCCCGUCGUCGUCGUCGGCGCGGCAACAGCAGCGCAGACAGCAGCAGUACGAGGAGGAGGCUAGCGGCGCCGCCGGGCAGGAUGGCGACAAGCUGAGCGUCCCCUUCUUCGACUUCCUGGGCGUGGGCUCGACAUGACCGGGCUGGCGGUGCGGUGUACAGGUGGAGGCCGAUAUCAUCAUCGUCAUCAUCAUCCUAAGCGGUAGCGGUAGCGGUGAAUCCUUGCUAGCUAGUUAAGCUUAGAGUCUAGAAGAAGCAGACUAGGAGAAAAUGAGGAGGAGUUUAAGUUGUUUAUUAUGGCGAUUUAAUUAUGUGGGCAUAUGGGUAUGGCGAUGGAUGUGACCUCUCUGGUCUCACUCCACUCCUCAGUUUUGCUGCUGAUUACUUAUUCAGAUGGUAAACAAGUCGCAUGUAAUGUAAUGUAGUGUAAUGCAUGUAAUGGUGGCAACCCAAACUUUUAGUUU